CAAAAAGAACUCUGCGUAAAUACUGGCAGUAUUAUUAGUACUAUUAUUAUUAUUCGGUGUUGUGUCCACAUUUUAAACGAAGGAAGGUUUCCUACAACAGCAGGUGUUGCCACGUGAACGCAGGCAUAUCGUUGAUACGGAGGGAGUUUUAGCGUGUGUACAGAAUAGUUAAAACGGUCAAACACUCAAACCGCCUAAAAUGUUGCAGUGAUAGACUGUAAAGUGGAAUUUGUCGGGAAACUUGUUUUUUUCCAAUUUGGGCAUCAGAAAACAUUUUGUAGAAGCUGUCCAUACGUGAUGAAACACUUGUAAAAUAUGAGGAGAGAGAUUGCAGCUGUGGUGUUCUUUCUGAAGAGGCUUGUGAAAAAGGGGGAAAAGUUGGAAGCGGAGAAGGUCGAGCUGUUUGUUGAGAGGCUGGCUGUGGCACUGCAGGAGAAGUUUAAGGGGCACUGGUAUCCUGAAAACCCCAGCAAGGGACAAGCAUACAGGUGCAUCCGAGUGAACAGGUUUCACAGGCAGGAUCCAGAGCUCCUUCGGGCCUGUCGUGAGAGUGGUAUCCAGUACAGUGACCUGGGACUGCCUCGAGAACUCACAUUGUGGGUGGACCCUGGGGAGGUUUGUUGCAGGUAUGGUGAGCAAAAUCCUUGCUUCUCAAUUGCCACUUUCUCAAGUGACGAUGAGGAUGGCAAAGAUGUUGCAAAGAAGGUGACCAGUGCACUGGAGAGGGUGACAUCAGACUACCACUCUGGUUCCUCUUCUGAUGAGGAGAGUGCCCACACUUCUCCCCUCACGAUCCCCAGCAGAUGCUCUGCUUCCCAGAAAAUGAAUCCAUCUGCUCCUAUGUGGCAUCCCAAAAAGAAAGGAAAAGGUCAUAUCCUUCCACAGCCCCACUACAACUACAGGCCUCGGAACAGAGCCCCACACAGUUUGAGGAACAACCUGUGGGUCCCUCCUGUGUACAGGGGAGGGCCUGGAUACUGGGAAAUGCACCAAAAUCUGGCACAUUGUUACAGUUAGGAAUCAUGGUGCUUAUUGUUCACACUGGACAUUAAACCUGAAGGCAACUUUAAUAUGACUGACCAUUUGUUGUUGUUUCUUUUUAAACAUGAACUUUUUAUAAAUGAAAUGUUUUUUUGACAAAGUCUGUUUUGCACUUUAGACUAUUUGUUAUAGUUGGAAGAAAUCACUUGUAUUAAAUUAGAUAUUGGAAUACUACACGUAUAGUCUUGAAGUACUGUAUUUUUACUAAGGGAAAUGUUCAUGUUUGCCACUGACUGUCCUUUGUGAUAAAAUGUUUUAUUUAUUCAUAGUGAAGAAUUGUGUCAGAAGUAAAGGCUUAAAUUUAUGGAGUUUUAUUAAAUACUUCUAGCAUCACAA